AAGAGUUGAAACAGUUUCUUCUAGGGGAGCGCCCGGGCUUGUGAGCGUGGCAGAAUUGAUGGCGAUGUCUGCAGGCCUCUUCUCCUUCUGUCAGGGGAGGAGGAAGUGCUGAAAUGGGGCAGCAUUGACGCAGCAGACGAUGUUGAUUGCCGUCUGCAUCAAGACCCCCUCGGGAGCAGACUUGGACUUUGUUCCGCACUUGAAUCUGACAUUGACAUUCAGUUGGCCCUGUAGACAGCGUCGAUAAGGACAGUUGCAAAUGCUGCUGAUCAGCAAACAGCGGAAAGAGCAGCAUAAGCUGUUGGAGGAGUAGGAAGUAGGUUAAGCAGUGGGUUAAGGAGUUGGUUGGGCGAGAUGCCUGGGACGCAGCUCCCCAGCAAUGACGAGGAGCUCGAUGCUGCGAUGGCCCUCGCCGCACUUGUCGGAGGGGGUGUUCCGGAACGGGGUUCCCUAUGGCGCGAGGACUCUUUGGGAAGGCGGGGGAGUGAUGCAGAGCAGAGGUUGGACGGCAUCUCGUGGACGCUUAGGAGGCGCCGCUCUGGUUCGGUAAUUGUGGUGAACGAGAAGGGGAGUCCGAUGACCGAGCUCUCAAGCAAGCUUGCAAAGAUGCAGGAGUGGGAGGAUCGGCAGCGACGAGGGGGUGCAGGAAACAGGGGGGGUUCCUCUGCUGAACUCUCACAGAGCGGCCUGUCAGAAGCUGACGCGGGGGGUAGCGACGUGUCGAGGGCGGGGGGGGAGGGGGAGGCACCGAAGGGCCCUGCGGAUGCUAGGGUUUCGAGCCUCAUCCCAGGUGUUGCACAGGCAAAAGUGGACCAGGCGUUUGAGCAGGGCCUCGAGGGGAUCGCAGCGCUGCUGAAGGAUGAGCGACCCCCCUUGAUCCGCGCUCCGUCUUUUCCUCCCCAGCUCAGUGUAAACACUCUUUUACCGCAGCUCUCAAUGGCCUCGCAGUCGUCGUUUGGGGGGUGCCUGCCGAGGGACUCUCUGGGGGGGGGCCUGCAAAGCCAGCCGUCGCUCGGGCUCCAGUCGCAGCGCUCCGUCGGCGGCGAGCUGCAAUCACAACUCUCGGCGCCGUCCGCUUUCUUAGCUGCAAUUGCAGCGUCUCUGCCCCCGUCCGCCAGCCAGCCGUGGCCGGCAUUCCCGACGCUUGCUAACCCGCUUUCUAACCCGGUAUCAAACCCAAUUGCCCGCGCCCAAAGCAUCACAGAGUUCCAGUUCGAGGAGCGCGCUCCCGCUAAGAGCGGACUGGAGCUGCCGUCUCCGAAGCUGGUGGAUUUUCUUUCCCCAGCCAAUCAAUUUUCGGAACGGGACGGGGUGGAGCAGAGAGAUUCGGAGCUAGGGGGGCUGAAAGAGGAGCUGCUCGAGGGGGGGGAAAGGGAGGACGAGCCGGGGUUAGGGUUCGCGGGCGGAAGCAGAAAGCGGUUAGCGCGGGCUAGGCGUAGGAAGGCAGUUCCUGUUGGUCUUGAGGACCCGGACCCCGCGAAAGAGGCGCAGAGGCUGCGGAGGAUCCAAGCAAACCGGGAGUCGGCGCGCAAGACCAUCAUGAGGAAACAGGCGGUGUGUAAGAAGCUGGCUACGGAAGCGCAGGAGCUAGGGGACGAGAACCUGGACCUCCGAAGCAAAGUCGAGGCGGCUCAAAGGGAGCUUCAUCGACUGAUCACGGAGCAAGCAAAGCUCAAGGAGCAGUUGAUGGCCGCUCAAACAGAGGCAGAAGAGCCUUUGGACGUGCAUCCAUCGACGUCCGCCCCUCUUCUUCCGGAUCUUAGCGACGACCGCAAGUCCAACGACGGCUUACCCAAACCCGACGAUGAGUUACCCGAACCUGCCCCGGGUUUGGAAAACCUCUCCCCUGACCUGGACUCGGUUCCGGAGCAAGACGCGGCAGGAUUGGCGUUGGGUGAAACUGCUAAGAGUGGGUCAAAGGAGGGUUUGGAUAUUCGCGGGGAAGGUUCUGCCAACCUGGGGCUAAUGGCCGGUGGUUCCGAAGAGGAGAAGUUGGGUGACCGGAAAAGUGACGAGUUGCAAACCGCUCAGGUUAGGUCUACAGACGGAGAGGGAAAAGGGUCAGGGGACGGGAUUAGCAGUAACCCUUCCGCUGCAAGGUCUGGGGAGGGGAGCAGCAUGGAACCAGAUUCGGCAAACCCUCUGGCGGCGUCUAAAACGGAAACAGUCUUUGGAACCGAGAAGAGCCCUCCUCCAGAGCCUCUCUCAAAACGGGGGUCGAACGAGUCGGUCACGGCCAAGCCGGAGCAACCCCCCGGAAAGGCGCUAAGCGAAAGCGCGUUCCUGCGGGCGUUGGCCGGGGGUCCCUCUCCUGCUCGACCCUCCAGUCUUUCGUACCCCCCCAAAACGGAGAAUGCAGAACGGCCUACAAAGACUGGGCUGCUGGAAAAGACCACUUCCCAAACGGGGGGUCCGUUGAACAGGGGGGCAGACAAGGGGGGGGCAGAAGCGGAGCCCGUCGCAUCAACACCGGUCCUGAGCAACGGAACACCCUCUGGGAACCUGCCUGACGUCAGCAUGUCGCUUGGGGGGGCCCCGACUGAGCAGAUUCCGAGGGGGGGUUUGUCUCCGAAUGCCCGGGGGCUGAGUUCGGUGCUCUCGACUGGGGGAAAGGGAAGCGGCCCGGAUCUGGAAGCGUUACCUGGAGGGGGAAAUGGCGGGGGAAAGACAUCUGCCAGUCCGCCACUGCCGUUAUCCCUUAGUCUGCUGCAUACGAUCGCCACAGAGCUGUGCUCUGAACCCCCAGUUGCGGCGCGCGAGAAAAGGCAGCAGAUAAAGCAGGAUGAGGGGAAGAAGGACUUCUUGAGUUCAGAGGGGGGGGUGAAGGCGAGCGAGAUUGGAAAGGGGGGGUCCAACAAAGGCGCAGACGACGGGGGGGUGAAAAGGGACAUGUCGGGGCGGGACGGUGUGAAUGGGGACGGUGUGCCUCGGGGUGGUGUGAAUGGGGCCGGCCCGCCUGCGUUGACGACCGCGCGAUCGCUUCCGCUAAACCCCUGGUUAUCGCUACGCCCGCAGAGCCUGCAACGAAAUCUUUCCGCACCGAUGCAGGUUGUGUUGCCCCCCCAACCGUCCGGUCUCGAGUUUUUCAACUUGACUGCCCUCCCUCCCCCGAAGCAAGCUAACCCGGUCCAAAACCAGACCGCUAACUCUCAAAACGUGACCGCUAACCCAGGGUCCGGGUUGAUCCAACACUCAAGCUCGGAGGCUCUUCUCAAAGGGAGCCCGUUUGCAAAAGACGGGCUUAACCAGGACCCUUUCAACCCGCGGUUAACCAGCAGGCAACCCCCCAUCGGAGCUGACUUGUCGCUUGGCUCUACGUGGCAACAAGAGGGGCUGCACCAUCCCAACCCCGCUUUUGAAUCGGUUUCGGGGAAAUCUCGCUUUGGGGGGAUCCCCGGACAGACGUUUGUGCCCUUACAAAGUGGAGGUUCACAGAACCUGCUCGGGUCGCAUGGCGUGCCAAACCCCCUAUGGGGCGAUAGCGCGAGUAGGGGCGCGAUGUCGUGGAUUCCGGAGGGUAACCCGAGCGGCGUGUUCCCAAACCAGGGGGUCGACAUGUCGCUGAGUUUACAGCCGAGCGCACCCCCCCGAACGGUGAAGCCUGAAACGGGCAUGUAUAAUGUAUACCGGGGGAGCGGACGGCGUGGAUCUGUGUCGCUCCACAUCGGGCCACUCCCAGUUGUAGACGCGGUAACGGCGGCCGAGGCGCGGAAACGGCGGCGGGAGGUGACGAAGUCAAAGUUUGGGCCGAGCGGUGGUUCGAGUGCGAAGGUGCAAAAGGUUGCGAGCGCCAAAGCGGCACGGUAAUGUUUAUGGUUGGUACUGGUAACGUCAAGUAGUCUAGAGGUUGCCGAACUGUGUUUCGUGUUAGCAUCUAGUAUCAUCACUGCUGCGGUAGGUUCAUUAUGAAGCUCGUAAAGAACUUCGGUUACUGCUGAACAGGACAUCGGCCUGCUUCCUUGAACCAGCCGACAAGGGUUGAUCGCAAGUGUUGGGGCUCUAGGCUACAUAAUGUUUCAAUAGUUCCUGCAUGUUCUUGAAUCAUGUUCUUGAAUCAGUGCGACUGGACUUGAUGUACGUUCAAGCCCCGUUUCC